AUGGCUGUCAAGAGCAAGGCUCGCGUCGUCAUCGCCCGGCUCAUGUCGACGGCCGGCACCGGCUACAUGUACACGACGCGCCGUCUGCGUGUGAUGGAGCGUCUGAGCAUGAUGAAGUACGACCCGAUCGUCAAACGCCACGUCCUGUUCAAAGAGGUCAAGGGCAAAAAAUAG